AUGGAAGGCAGCUCAGAAUACUGCUCGCCUGUACCCUGCUGUUUUAUCGCAACCAAGCACCCGAUGAACGACACAGGCAGCAAAAUGGAGUGUGCUUCGUCGUAUCAGGGGCUUCCAUCGCAACCGGAGGGGUACCCAUGUCUCCGUUUCCACGCCAUGCGGCUUCCGACAUGGGCGAUGGCACGUGCAAAGGACGGGGUGGCAACAGAGCAGCACUCCCUGUCCGGAGGUGAAGCAUCUGAAAAUGGUACUAUAAGUGAAAUGCGCAAGCAACCAAUGGCUUCUAAGCCUAUCACAAGGAAAACGAGGUCACGCAGAAAACUGGGUAAACCAAAGACAGUUGCGGACAUCAUCAAACGGCGCCUGAUCCCCCAACCGCCGUCACUCAGGGAAACCGAUCGUUUGAUAGCAAGGAAACCCUGGAAACGAAUGGGUAUACCGUCCAUCAUCAAACAGGAGAGACAGAAGAUAGAGGAGACGGAUGCAUUCCUGGAUGAUUAUUUUCACUCAUACCUCAUCAAAAAAGGGACGGAUGCAGGACUGCGCUGCGGCGUGAAGACCGUAGACGAAAAGCUCUUCCAGAAUAGCCAGAGCAGCUCACAGCGGUCGUCAAGCAACGAUGACAUGACGCCGGGGACUACGUAUAAAUACGAUGCCGACGAACUGCUGCAAAUAUGGAACACGAAAGGGGGGCAUUUCUACACCAGCAUACCCAAAACGGUAGCCAUGUUGCAGAUAGUGAGGCGCAUAGCGGUCGAUUCGAAGGCUGAUCUGGAAAUGAUUAACCGCAUUCGGGACCACGUGUGUUUCAAGCGGCUUGUGGGCAGCGUCGUACGGCACAUGAAGUACCUGACACGAAUCGAGCUGCCGAGCCACCUCAAAAACUACCCCAAGCUCAUGAAAAUGGUGCCCAAAUUCAACAAUGAACAAAUGGUCACAAUCUUCACCGUGCUGGCGUACUUCCGAUUCAGCAACGAGAAGGUUCUCGACGCCAUGCUGCAGUACUCGAAGCCCUACAAAGAGUUCACGCCAGAGGAAAUGAGAUCGGUCAUCAUAUCAUGCAUCAAAAUGGGCGCUGACGCUUCGCAGAUAGUGGGCGAUUACGUCGAUAAGCUGAAGGCGGAAAUCAUGCAAUCAGAGCAGCCGAAUGGCAACGCGCAGCAGGAACUGGACAUAUACCUAGAUGUGCUCCGCAUAUGCAGCAAGACGGAUCACAUGGACAACGAACUGUUCAAGCAUAUUGCACGAUUCGUCAAGCAACAAGAGAAUAUGCCCGUUGGGACGGCCAUAGCCGCUGCAUGCCUGUUCGCGGAGGUCCACCAUAUCGAUGAGGAGCUGUACCAGCACCUAUACACAGUGAUGACGAACAAUAUCGACUCUAUAAGGGGUAAAAAUGUAGUCAAUAAACUGGUAACGGGUAUGGCCAUGUGCCACUCCAGGCCCCCUAAAAAACUGGUUGACCAUUUGGCCAACUCGGUUCUCCAGGAAAUCAAGUCGUACAGUUUGGUAAAGCUUACUGCGACGCUUAGGAACCUUGCCCUGAUGGACAGCUACAACGACGCCCUCUGCCACAAGGUCUUCAACCUAGAGCUCUUCACGAACCCACCGUCGGUCAAGGUUCUGCAACAGAUCAACCUGAAACUGAACCAAAAGAAGACGGUGUAUGCAGCAUACCUUCAUCCCACGGCAACGAGCACGCUGAACGUGGUAUUUGGGAAUGCCUACCAGGCGUACCUGGGGUACCGCCUGCUGGGUAAGACGCAGAAUAAAUUCGAGCUUCCUAAGGAGGCGGUAAGCAGGUUGAAGGUGAGGCUGUCAGUGGUAGAAACAUGCAUGAAACAGGCUAUCUACACCGCAAGCGCCAAAAAUUGGACGUUCGGUUCAUCUUCGUUCCACAUACAAGUGCGAGAUUUGCUGAAAGAGGCGUUCGGAAUUGAGUCUGAAGUUGAACACAUAACCAGUGACGGGCUGCUUGUAGACAUAGCCAUACUGCCCACCAGUCUGGCACAGUUCACGGAACAAGUUGGUGCCCAAGAUUUCCUGAAGGAUAAACGAUGCGCCAUUGAGGUGCACGGGCCUUUCCACUACCUGCAGAAGUCCACGGAUGUAUUUCCGCCACCAAUGAACAACACAACGACAUUCAAGGAAAGGCUGUUGAGAGCUCGAGGCUGGGAUGUUGCACACCUUCACUACUGGUCGCUCGUCCCAUGGAUGAAGAGGGAUCACAAAAUUCGCGUUCUCGCUAGACUCCUUCCGCAAUGGGUGAAGAAUAUCUGCAAUAUCGCGGAUGUAAAAACGACGCCUAGUCAAAUGGCGCCCUCUUGA